AUGACCCAAAAGGGAAAUGGCUUGAUACGGAAAUUGGAGGCACGUUAUGUAAGCAUCUCUCAGUCCACCGAUAGAUUUGUCGUCAACGAAGGGCCCGUCGACAAAGCCUUGAACCCCGCCAACCUCAAGCCAACGCUGCGGAAUGUCCCAAGGUGUCGAAACUAUGACUCGGGGACGUUCAGAAUCGUUGGAUGGCAACUUGCAAUAUUGGAUGUACAAACGCUGAUACACUCCUUCCCAACAGCACGACCCCUCAGCUCACCGAAGCGAGCUUCGCCACAGAUCUCCACCAAUAUGAUUAUCUCAAAAGAAAACAAGCGUGUCAUCUACGAGAACCUCUUCAAAGAGGGUGUCAUGGUAGCCAAGAAGGACUACAACGCCCCCAAGCAUGAAGAACUCGAGGUUCCUAACCUUCAGGUCAUCAAGGCCCUCCAAAGCUUGACAUCCAAGGGAUAUGUCAAGACACAAUUCUCCUGGCAAUGGUACUACUACACUCUGACCCCCGAGGGUGUCGAAUACCUCCGUGAAUGGCUACACCUCCCCACUGAAAUUGUACCCGCUACCCACAAAAAGGCCGUUCGCGCUCCUCGUCCAGCCCAAGUCCGCCCUGGCGCCGAAGGUGCUUACCGUGCACCCCGUGGAGACCGUGAUGACUACCGCAAGAAGGAGGGAGGUGCUCCCGGCGAGUUCAGGCCUCAGUUUGGCGUUGGUCGUGGUGCCCCAAGAGAGUAA